UUAAUAAAAAGUUUUACUAAUAGAAAAAAAAUUACAAACGUGACAACUAACAAAUCUUAAAUGCAGAUUUAUUUAAUCAUUUUGCUGUAGUAGUUUGAUCGUCUCUUCAAACCAAACUAAAUGAAGUUAUGUCCAUUAAUUACUAACCUUACAUGACGGGUAACUACGAUAUGCUGCGAUAUUUUUUAUUGCAAAAGAUAAGACAAAAGCAAGCAAUCCCAUCUCCAUUUCCAUCUCUCUUCCACCAUGGACAAGCUCUUCUCCAUUCUCACCACCCUUCUCCUCCUCCCCCUCCUCUCGGCCUCCUCCUGGGCCUACUCCGAAGAGCAAAGCAGCUUCGUGUUGGGCGAGAAGCGCGUCAAAAAGCCGGUUUACGAGACGCAGAGCCACUUCCGGUUCUUCUGGCACGACAUCGUGAGCGGGCCGAGCCCGACCUCCGUGCGGGUGGCGCAGGCGCCGUCGGAGAAGAACUCGACCACGUUCUUCGGGACCAUCGUCAUGAUCGACGACCCGCUCACGGUCGGGCCGGAGCUGUCCACCGAGCUGGUGGGCCGGGCGCAGGGGUUCUACGCCUUCUCGGGGAAGGACAGCUUCGGCCUCCUCAUGGCCAUGACGUUCGUGUUCACGCAGGGGGAGUACACCAACAGCACCGUCGUCGUCAUGGGCCGUGACGACAUCUUCUCCGAGGUCAGGGAGAUGGCCGUGGUCGGCGGCAGCGGCCCCUUCCGGCACGCUACUGGGUACGCGCAGGCGCGGACACACUCCCAUGACAACAACACUCACGACGCCAUUGUCCAAUACGAUGUCUUUGUCACGCACUCUUGAUCCAUUUGCAUGCAUGGUAUACUAACCUUGCAUGUUGCAGUACUUAUAUAUUAUCGAUGUGUUGUCUUUCAUAUAUGAUACAUAUGUAUGUCUUCACUGACAUAAUAUAUAUUUUUUAUUUGAAA